GUAUAUUAUAUAUAUAACAAGCGCAACAAAUUGUCAUGUCAAUAAUUAGUUGUACUUAUGUUGUUUUAUGUUAAUAUUCAGGUUAUGUAUGAUACAAAUAAAAAGAUUUCAAACUUAAAUAAUCGCGAUGUAAUAGUGAAAAGUUGAUUCAUAAGGUAAAGUUAAAGAGCUACGACCAUGUUCCUCAGAUUAUAUUCAUUGCUUGUUCUUAUAUUAGAUCUCAUAAUGCUAUUAAUAGAGAUUUGUUGUUCGAUAUUGGUUGCCUUUUAUCGAACUUUUAAUCCACCAUCAUUAAAAAGUCUUAAUGGAGAAGUAGCAAUGGUUAUUGGAGCUGGAAGAGGCAUAGGUAAAGAAAUAGCUGUUCAAUUAAGUCAAUUAGGUGUGAUUGUUGCUUGUGUCGAUAUCAAUGCAGAAAAUUGUAAUGCCACUGUACAAUGCAUUAUACAAUUGUCAGGCAAUGCAAAACCAUAUAUUUGUGAUGUGACAAAUGAAGAUCAAGUAACUGCUACAGUAACUAAAAUUAUUUUAGAAAUAGGUGAAAUCACAAUGCUGUUUCAUUGUUGUGGCUUUCCUAACUCAAAUACAUUAAUACGAGAUCCACCAGAAAUAAGACAAACCAUUGAUGUUUCAGUUCUUAGUCAUUUUUGGUUAUUAGAUUCAGUGUUGCCAAGUAUGCAACGGGCAGGACAAGGACACAUCAUAACAUUGUCUUCUGUAGCAGGACUUUCUGGUGGUAAAGGAAGUGUUCCUUUAUCUGCUGCACAAUUUGCAAUUCAAGGUUUAGCAGAAUCUUUACAUACAGAAUUAAGACACUCUAAUAGUAAUAUUAUUAUUACCCUAGUUCAUGUAUAUCCAUUUAUUGUUAGAGCAGAUCUACUUGAAGAUAUUCGAUUUAGGAUACCUAGUUAUUUUGGAACAAUACUUGCUUCAGAAGCAGCCAAAAAGAUUUUGGAUGGUGUUCGUAGAAAUUAUGCAGAAUUUAGUGUACCAGGAUAUCUAUUAUAUAUUGGAUUUUUACUUAGAAUGUUACCCAAGAAGGCUUCUUUCAUGUUGAGAGACUUAUUAGAUACUGGAGUUGAUUUCGGAUGAUAUAAGAAUAUUGGCUAUAUUGUUGCAACAUACUACGAUAUAUUUUACUAGUUUUUUUGGUCAAUGUAAUGUUAUAGAUAUAUUUCGUUUCUAUUUUUUUAAUUUCAUGUAAAUCAUAAAUAUAUUGUUGAAUUUAUAUUCAUAUAGGGAUAACGUUUUAUAUUAAGGAAAUCAGCUUCAAUAACCUUGACCUUGACGUGUUGUCGAAGUCACUGUCCUAAGUAACAAU